CUCCCGGGCUCCUCGCGGCGAUCCCGACUCUCCUCCCGCGGCUGCAGCAGCUGCCGGUUGCACACGGCCUUGGCAGCGGGCGCGGCGGGCGCGGGCCUGUGGAGCGGCGGCCGGGCGCGCGGCCCCGGCGGGCACCCCUCUGAGGGCGGCCGAGGAAGCUCCGGGAGGAGGAGGAGGAGGAGGAAAAGAAGAAGGUGGGAGGCGGCGGCCGCCGGAGGACCCGCUCCGCGCCUCGGCCUCUCCGCCCCCUCCCCAGCCUUUCCCUCGCCUUCUCCUCUCGUAUUCCGGGCCGGCGCCGCGGCUUUGUGCGAGGAGAUGGUGUAGCCCCCUGGCCGCCGAAGGAGGAGCCGGACACUUGAGUCUCCAGGCUCGGAGCUGCGUCCCCGCCCCUGGAGGAGAGACCCCCCUGGGCUCGGCGCCUCCCGCCUCUCCCGGCUUCUGGGGAAGCCUCUGCGCCGCCGGCACCAUGAGUGAACAGAGUAUCUGUCAGGCAAGAGCUGCUGUGAUGGUUUAUGAUGAUGCCAAUAAGAAGUGGGUGCCAGCUGGUGGCUCAACUGGGUUCAGCAGAGUUCAUAUAUAUCAUCAUACAGGCAACAACACAUUCAGAGUGGUGGGCAGGAAGAUUCAGGACCAUCAGGUUGUGAUAAAUUGUGCCAUUCCUAAGGGGUUGAAGUACAAUCAAGCUACACAGACCUUCCACCAGUGGCGAGAUGCUAGACAGGUGUAUGGUCUCAACUUUGGCAGCAAAGAGGAUGCCAAUGUCUUCGCAAGUGCCAUGAUGCAUGCCUUAGAGGUGUUAAAUUCACAGGAAACAGGGCCAACAUUGCCUAGACAAAAUUCACAACUACCUGUCCAAGUUCAAAAUGGCCCAUCCCAAGAAGAAAUGGAAAUUCAAAGAAGACAACUACAAGAACAGCAACGACAAAAGGAGCUGGAACGGGAAAGACUGGAGAGAGAAAGAAUGGAGAGGGAAAGGCUGGAGAGAGAGAGGUUAGAAAGGGAGAGGCUGGAGCAGGAGCAUCUGGAGAGAGAGAGGCAGGAACGCGAACGAGAUCGGCAGGAACGCCUGGAGAGGGAGAGGCAGGACAGACAAGAACGCGAGAGGCUGGAGCGGUUGGAACGGGAGAGGCAAGAAAGGGAGCGACAGGAACAGUUAGAAAGGGAGCAGUUGGAAUGGGAAAGAGAACGCAGAAUAUCCAGUGCUGCUCCAUCUUCAGACAGCUCCCUGUAUAGCGCUCCACUUCCUGAGUAUUCCAGUUGCCAGCCUCCUUCAGCACCUCCUCCAUCAUAUGCUAAAGUCAUCUCAGCUCCAGUGUCAGAUGCUACUCCUGAUUAUGCUGUAGUGACUGCUUUGCCACCUACUUCCACACCCCCUACACCACCACUGCGACACUCAGCGACACGUUUUGCAACUUCUUUAGGUUCAGCCUUCCACCCUGUUCUUCCCCAUUAUGCUACAGCUCCUCGUCCUCUGAACAAAAACUCUCGACCUUCUUCUCCUGUGAACACACCCUCUUCUCAGCCUCCAGCUACGAAGCCCUGUGCCUGGUCUACUUCCAGUUUUUCGCCCCUCCCUCCAUCUCCUCCAAUAAUGAUUAGCAGCCCCCCAGGCAAAGCUACUGGUCCAAGGCCUGUCCUCCCUGUUUGUGUUUCUUCUCCUGUGCCCCAAAUGCCUCCAUCACCGACAGCACCCAAUGGGCUGCUUGACUCUGUAACAUAUCCAGUGUCUCCACCGCCUACCUCAGGGCCAGCAGCUCCUCUGCCACCGCCUCCACUGCCUUCCCUCGCAUCACUUUCACACUGUGGAUCUCAAGCUUCUCCUCCUCCAAGCACCCCUGUUGCCUCAACUCCCUCAUCCAAGCCUAGUGUUCUCCCUUCUCCCUCUGCAGCUGCCCCUGCCUCUGUUGAGACUCCUCUAAACUCUGUGCUGGGAGACUCUUCUGCUUCUGAGCCAGGCUUGCAGGCAGCCUCUCAGCCGGCCGAGACUCCAGCCCAACAGGGCAUUGUCUUAGGACCACCUGCACCUCCACCCCCUCCACCGCUCCCACCGGGUCCUGCCCAGGCUUCAGCAGUACUCCCCCUUCCCUCAGGACCCCCUCCACCACCUCCACUUCCAUCCUCUGGGCCUCCUCCACCUCCUCCUCCCCCUCCUCUUCCUAAUCAAGUCCCACCUCCUCCUCCACCACCUCCUGCCCCUCCCCUCCCUGCAUCUGGAUUUUUUUCGGGAUCCAUGUCAGAAGACAAUCGCCCCUUAACUGGACUUGCUGCUGCAAUUGCUGGAGCAAAACUUCGGAAAGUGUCACGGAUGGAGGAUACCUCUUUCCCAAGCGGAGGGAAUGCCAUUGGUGUGAACUCGGCCUCAUCUAAAACAGAUACGGGUCGUGGAAAUGGACCUCUUCCUUUAGGGGGUAGUGGUUUAAUGGAAGAAAUGAGUGCCCUGCUGGCCAGGAGGAGAAGAAUUGCUGAAAAGGGAUCAACAACAGAAGCAGAACAAAAAGAAGAGAAAAGUGAAGAUUCAGAGCCUGUAACUUCUAAGGCCUCUUCAAUAAGUACACCUGAACCAACAAGAAAACCAUGGGAAAGAACAAAUACAAUGAAUGGCAGCAAGUCGCCUGUUAUCUCCAGACCAAAAUCCACACCUUUGUCACAGCCUAGUGCCAAUGGAGUCCAGACAGAAGGACUUGACUAUGACAGACUGAAACAGGAUAUUUUAGAUGAAAUGAGGAAAGAACUAACAAAGCUAAAAGAAGAGCUCCUUGAUGCAAUCAGGCAGGAGCUGAGCAAGUCAAAUACAGCAUAGAGAAACAAACUAAGGAGAGAUAGGACUUUAAUCUGGAGGGAAAAAAAAAUCCUACAAACAACUGUUAUCAGCAACCCCCUACAUUUUAUGAGCAGUAAGAAGAAAAUGGAGACAAACAGAAGGAGGGAAAAACCAACAUACUCUGAAAGCCUUCAGAUACGUGACUCUGGUGAUAAGCUAUUUCCCUCUCAGUUUGCUGCUUUUUUCUGAUCUUUACAACAGAAUGGAAGAGUGUCACAUAAGAGUUCCUGUAACAGUUAUGCAGAAAAUACUAAACUCAUCAGGCAAGAUCACCGUGCAUUGAGAUAUUUUCAUGUCAAGAUAAAAUUGCACAAUCCAUUGCUAAAAUAAAGAGGAGAAAGGCUUAAGAAGUUUUUUUUCAGAGAGUACUGAUGACGAAUUUAGCAAGUUAUGCUAUUGUAUUGUAAAUGUUUCUCUCAGGUUUGUCUUCCUAUCGUAUUUGAUAUUCCAUGAAUAAUUGAGAUCAGCCGUUUGUAGGUAAAGAUCAUAAAAUGUGGAACAAAUGGAAUUGUAAGUGCUUUCAGAGGUUGAUAUUUAUAAGAAAGUGUCCUAAAAAUGUUUUGUCCAGCUUGAGGAAUUUUAGAAUGAUAGGAAGUCUCUCGAGUUAGCCUUCAUGCAAUUUUGUAGAUUAAAACAUAAAAUUUGUCCAGAAUUUAAAGAUUUAGAUGCCUUCCUAAAUUGUUACAAUGCUUUACCAAAUCUAUGACUUCUACAUAACACAAACCAGUGGUCAAAUGUAAAACAAUAUAUUGUAGAUUUACUGUAGGUUUUCAACCUUUUUUAGAUCUAUGCAUGUGGACAUUUUUAUAAUGUAAUAACAAUCACCACAAAGUUAGCUUUUUUAAUCGCAGACAGUAAUGCAUGUCACACUAAUAUGUAGUGGCCUUUUUAAGGCCUAGUCCCAGGGAAACAUUUUGUAGAGUAUAGGGGAAUGGGAGGAAGGGAAGGAAUAAUUUUUUAUUUAAAGUCAAUUUCUGCACUGUCUUUUUUUCUCAAUUACCUGCAUGAAUAAUAAUGAGGAAUAUUUUGUGACUUUAAUUGGUAAAUAUAUUACAAAACCAAGUACUUAAUCUUUUACAUCAUAUCUUCAGCUAUUUGUAUUUCAACCAGUAAUUUCAAUGAUCUGAAACAUGAUUCUGAGCUUCACAUGAAUUAUAUCUUCCUGUGAAACUCAAAAGUUUGAUCACUGAAUUUGGAAGUUACUGUUACCUAGGUGCCCCUGCAGUUACACAGGUGUUUCCAUACAUGUUCCUGAGUAAGAAGCUGCUUUUGAUUUUUGUUAUGUUGAAAUACAAGAAAUAACAAUGAGGCAGCAAUUAAGGUCACAGAAGUCAUUAUAAAGGGAAAUCGAGGAGUUCUGCAGUUUUCUUUUAAUAAAUAAAGUGAGAGGUGUUGGGAAGAAGGAAUUAGAUAUUCUGCCCACCACCACCACCACCUUGUACAUGCUGUCUGUAUGUAAUCCACUCCCCUUUCUUUGAAACUGAUAUGACUAAAAUAGGGAAGAAAUUCUAUAAGUUGCAAUGGUAACAUUUUGGAAAAUUUAGGAAAUCAAAAAUUCUCCAGGCUCUCCAUCUUGAUUUAUGCUUGAGUUGUUUUAUGUGCCAUAUUUGCUUUGAAAUCUUUGAUUGUCAGAAGUUCUACUAAAAUUUUGAAGAAAUAAUUCACUUUCAUCUGCUUUCUAGAUUUCAUAGUAAGUUCAUGAAACAAAGCCUGUUGGUAGCAUAGUUUUCUCAUUGCUGCAAAUUUGCAGUCAUUACCACUACAAAGAAGUUUGAGGGAGUUUUUUUCCUUGUUAAAAUAGUUUCUGUUUUUAUAGAAAUUUCAUUUUUACAUUAAAUUAUGAUGGAUGAGCUAUCAUAAUUCCAACAUGCAGUUCUUUCUUCUGUCAAGUGUUCAUCGUCAUACAGUAGUAAUAAAGACAUCAAAGACGCAGCGAGCUUAUAAAGUACUGUUUUCUAAAAGAAAUAGGCAUUUUCAUCUUUAUUAUCGUACCUUUGAUUAUGCAAACACUUUGACAAUAUAAACAUUUACAUCCCCUGUAAAACUGGUCAGAAAUCUCUUUUAGUUUCGUUGAGUAAAUUGAAUAGUCUAUGAUAGGUAGUACUGGGUACAAGUGGUCCAAACUAAGAUAAAAGACUAAAAUAAAAUGCUAAAUCUUAAACUGGUUUAUGCACUAAACAUUUUGUGCCUUGGUCUAAUAUUAACAUGAUGUCUGUGUAAAAUGACAGAAAAGAACCAGGUUGAAUCACACCUGAUUUUCCAUCCUUUUGUGUUAUCCCAGAUUGCUAAAUGUAUUCUUUCCACAAAGUUGGAUCGAAUUAUUCUAUACAUUUGCUGUCAUACGUGACAGUUGUGUCAUUGUUAGAGAUUUCAGUAAUUAAAAUGGGAAACAAAAGCUUAAGUUAUUUUCUUUAUCAAACCUAUGUUCCUCAGAACCACAUUAUUAACAAUGGUGUUUGUGCUCUUGUACACUGGAUGUCUUAAGCUGAGUUCAGUUUAGGGGAUCCUUUUGAAUUACAGGAAGGGACUGCUUUCCUCAACACUGUGAUCUGACCUGUGACACGUCUGUCCUCCACACUCUGUAAAUGGCUAACAAGUCAAUUGCAAACAAACUGAAUGUACAAAUCUUAGUGCUGGUGCUGAAAUCUCUUCAGAAUAGUUGUCAUGAUUUAAAAGUUUGUUUAAAAAUUUGCAAGCGUCAAGUGUCAAGACCGAAGAUGAAGCGCUGAUGAAUGUGGAAUCCUCCUGCGUUCACUAGCUGUGCGUCCUUCUUAGAUUUUUCAGUUCUCUGCUGUUUGUCGUAACUAUUCUCAUUUAAGUUUUAUUUCACUUAAAUUUCAUACACGCUAACUUCGUUUGUGUGAUUGAAAUAAAAUGGCAGUAUAUA